AUGGCCGCUCGCGCGCAGAACAACGUCGCUGCCGCUCAGCAGCAGAACAGAGCUUUAGGUGGUGGUGGUGGCGGUGUCCCCGCCAUGGGCAAGCAGCAGAAGGCGGCCAUGGCCGGCAGGCCCGAUCCCAAGAACACCCGCCGCGCCCUGGGCGACAUCGGCAACUUCGAGGCCAACAACCGGCGCGCCCCACUGGGCGACAUCGCCAACGUCGUCAACGCCCGCGCGGCCGAAGGAAACAGGAAGCCGCAGCCCCAUGAGCCGGUGAACCGCCCCGUCACGAGGAACUUCGGCGCCCAGCUCCUCAAGAACGCCCAGGAGAAGGCCAAGAACCCGGCGGCGAGGCCUGCGGUGAGGAGGGCUCAUCAUGUCAAGCCCGCCCCUCCUCCACCGGAGCACGUGAUCGAGAUCAGCUCCGACUCCGACGUGACCAAGUCGGAGGCCGGCAGCGUCAGCUCCGUCCGCAAGUACUCGAGGAAGAAGGUGGUCACCACCCUCAGCCACGUGCUCUCGGCGCGCUCCAAGUUUGCAGCCGGAAUCACCGAAGAGCCAGCGAUCCAGGACAUCGACAAGCUUGACGGCGACAACCAGCUCGCCGUCGUCGACUACAUCGAGGAUAUCUACAAAUUCUACAAAGUCGCUGAGAAUGAGUGCCUCGCCAGUGAUUACAUGGACUCUCAGGUGGAGAUCAACGCCAAGAUGAGGGGCAUCCUCAUCGACUGGAUCCUGGAAGUCCACCAGAAGUUCGACCUGAUGCCCGAGUCGCUGUAUCUCACGGUGUAUAUCAUCGACAUGUACCUCUCGCUGCAGUCCGUGCUCCGGCGGGAGCUGCAGCUGGUGGGCGUCUCCGCCCUGCUCAUCGCCUGCAAGUACGAAGAAAUCUGGGCUCCAGAGGUGAAUGAUUUCAUCUUGAUCUCCGACAGCGCAUACACCCGGGAGCAGAUUCUGAAGAUGGAGAAGGCCAUCCUGAACAGGCUGGAGUGGAACCUGACGGUGCCCACGCCCUACGUCUUUCUGGUGCGUUUCGCCAAGGCCGCGUGCUCCUCCGAUCAUAAGAACGACAAGGAGAUGGAGAACACCGUCUUCUUCUUCGCGGAGCUGGCGCUGCUGCAAUACGGGCUGGUGCAGUCCAAGCCCUCCAUGGUCGCCGCCGCUGCUGUCUACGCCGCCAGGCUCACCCUCAAGAAGACCCCUCUGUGGACCGACACUCUGAAGCACCACACUGGCUUCACUGAAGCGCAGCUGAUGGACGCUGCCAAGAUCCUGGUGGCCUCGCACUCCACCGCGCCUGACAGCAAGCUGAAGGUCGUCUACAAGAAGUACUCGAGCGAGAAGCUCGGAGGAGUCGCCCUGCGCCCGCCUGCGACCGACCUGUGCAAAUGA